AAGCGCUCAGGCAGGCAGGAAGGAUGAGAGUUUGGAAGCGCUCUAUUUGAAAUUCGCUUUUCAGGGGUGUUUGUUCUAGAGGCACCCCGGAACUGUAAAAUUUGAAGCAUGGGCGUUAAUGAGUUAUGGCCGAUCCUGGAGCCAGUGAGAGAAUCUGUGCCCCUCUACAGUCUUAGUGGGAAGACCUUGGCUGUGGAUUUAAGCCUGUGGGUUUGUGAGGCUCAGUUUGUAAAAGAGAUGAUGGGGAAAGUUACUAAACCUUAUCUCAGAAAUUUAUUUUUCCGAGUUAUGUCUCUAACGCUUAUGGGAAUAAAGCUGAUUUUUGUGGUGGAAGGAGAAGCGCCAAAACUGAAAGCUGAGACUAUGAACAAGAGAAAUGAGAUGAGAUUUGGACCCUUAAAGAAGCCUGCAUCUAAACCAGGAAAAACUGGAAGGUCCCAUUUCAAGUCUGUACUUAAAGAGUGCUCACAGAUGCUCGACUGUCUCGGCAUUCCUUGGGUCACGGCAGCGGGAGAGGCUGAAGCUCUGUGUGCCUACCUGGAUGCCAACGGCCAGGUGGAUGGAUGUAUUACAAACGAUGGGGAUGCCUUCCUUUACGGAGCUCAGACGGUUUACAGAAACUUUAACAUGAACACCAAGGAUCCUCAACUCGACUGCUAUAAAAUGGAAAAGAUUCAGUCUAUCCUGGGACUGGAACGGGAAACCCUGGUGGGUUUUGCAAUCCUGCUCGGUUGUGAUUAUCUUCCAAAGGGAAUACCAGGAGUUGGAAAAGAAAUGACUUUAAAACUUAUAGAGACAUUAAAGGGAGAAACACUCCUUCAGAAGUUCAGCCAAUGGAAGGAACAGACUCAGGAUCUGGACGUUCAGAGAAGAGCUGUUAAAAAAGUAACGCAUUGUCAAAUCUGCUGUCACCCAGGAUCUGCCAAGACACACGAGAGGAACGGAUGCAAGUUGUGCAACAGCAAACGGUUCUGUGAGCCCCGGGGAUACGACUACUCCUGCCCCUGUGACUGGCAUCAGACAGAACGAGGAAGGCAGGCUAGUGCAGCAGAGUUCAACAUCAAAAAAAAAGCCCUAGCAUGUGAAGGAUUCCCUUUUUCAGAGAUAAUCAAGGAAUUUCUGAUAUCCAAGGACAAACUUACUAAAAACCUCAAGUACAGAAAACCAAAUCUUUUUGCAAUGCGGAAAUUUGCUCUGGACAAAAUGGAGUGGCCUGAACACUAUACAAGUGAGAAGGUGGUUGUGUUGAUCACAUAUACAGAAAUGAUGAACAGAAAAUGUGGGAAAGAGAGUGCUUCACAGAUAGAGCCAAUAAGGAUAUUCAAGUCAAGAGUCAGAAAUGGAGUUGCUUGCUAUGAGAUUAUCUGGAAGAAACCAGAGCACUUUAUUUAUGCAGAAGAUCAUCCUGUAGAAUCUCUGGACACAGUCAAAACAGUUGAGGAGGUAUCUCUGUUCCAGUCAGCCUACCCAGAGACCGUUGACAUGUUUUUGAAGGAGAGGGCUGAGGCUGAGGAAAACAAGAACAAAAAUAAAAAGAAAAGGCCAAAAGGGCAGAAGUCAGGGGAUACUGAUGAAGUUUCAAGCCUCUUUGCCCAAAUGAGCAUCCAUAGUUCUUCUCAAGAAAGAGCAGAAGUGGCUGCCAUUGCCACAGCUCGAAUCCCUGCAGUUGUUCCCAUAGACCACGAAGGCAGUGAGGCGACACCAGAUUGUCAAGUUCUCCACAUUUUCGCCCACACAACUACGAGCCAGCUGGAAGAGUUGUGUGAGCACCACACAAAUCUGCAUGGCCCAGAGAAGCCACAGACUGAAGAUGCUGGUCGUGCUCUGUCUCCUGUUUCGCCAGAUAAGGCCAGUCUAGCCUCAUUCUCCCAUUCGGCAUCUGCAGUAAUAGAUGUGCUGCAUCUGAGUGACAUUGACUGGGCAGCAACAUCCUUUGGUGCAUCUCCACCUCCACAACUGCAAAACGCAGCAUCUGAACCAAAUAAUGUUACACCUCAAAAAGGUGUCAACUGCAAUGGCGAGAGCACUGGCGAAUCUGGUGAUUUCAGUUCCUGUAAUAAAGUAAUAAAACCCACAGUUUUGCAUUGCGAGAGAUUUUCAAAUCAAGGGACAAAGCUGCCCGUUUCAGAGCUUUCUUUAAGAGAGCGUGUUAUUAUGAAGAACUUUAGUCAGUCCAAUAACUCUCAUAUUCAGCAUGCAGCUGGUGACAACGUAAGGCACAAAGCUCAGCCAAAAUACCUGAUUCCCGCAGGGCACAAUACUAUGUUCCAGAAACCAAUAACAUCACCCACGAAUGCCAUCAAAAAGACUAUACAGACAGCAAAAGAACAGAUUUGUGCUGAAAACACAUUGCUGAAUUAUCAUCAGAAAUCUUUUAGUAAGCAGAAUACAAUCUCUUCUCUUCCAAAAGCAGACAUGCCUCUCACAAAUCAGAAGGCAGUCAGUAGAAUUAAGCAAUGUGCAAAGAACUCUAAUAAGUCAUUGGAAAAAAAACAGUUUCUUAAGACUAGCAGCAUAACUAAACCUUCCAGUGGAGUACAGAGGCUAAGUAGCACCAAUGUAGCCGACCAGCCUGUUCACAAAGGCAGAAAGAAAAAUGUCUUUAAAAAGAGUGAAUGCCAUGUACUGUAUUCAUCUAGCGAGGACAGCGAUUUAGAGAAUAAAAUACUCAAAGGCCAUAAAAAGGUGGUUCUUUCUAAACCUGAACAGAAGUACACAUCCGUCAGUAAUAAAAUCCGAAAGCCAGCCAAGACAGAAGGCAAUUCGGCUUCUCUGAGAGCAGACUUCCAUACUGCAGAUCUUGUAUCACAGACAGCUUCUGUGGAGCAAAAUAAAAAUAAUCAUGCAGAAAUGAAAGCGAAGAAACAAAUAAUUGUUGAUAAUGAAGAAAUUAUAAUAGGGGACCAGAGUUGCACUUUUGACCUUAAUUCUCAGAGUCCUAAAGCUCUUUCUCACACAUGUGAUAAUGUAGCAGAUGAUUCUGUUAUUUUAUUAGACAGCCCGCUGCCUCUAGCUGAAAGGCUGAAGCUCAAGUUCAGUAGCUAAUGUAUUUUAAAAUGAAAUUAACAGAAUUUGUAAUGCCCUUUCCUGGUAGUUAUUUUCUACUUUUUGUGUUAGUUAAUUCUGUAUUUCUAAUAUUUGUGUAAUUGUCUUCAUUUUUAAUUGUUGCAAAUUUUACAUAGAGAAUUAUGUUCUAGUGUCUUUAUUCUCUAUUUUAAAAUUAUUUCAUUGUAAUUCACUGUAAACUUGUGUAAAUAUCUGUAGCUGCUUUUAAGUAUCAGAAAACUAGCUUGAUUGUGCUAAACAUUAAGAGAGCUGUCAACACUAAAAAUUAUUUUCAUAUUUUUUGUUCGUCAAAUUGAUUGAAGUUGUAGGUGAUUGAAACUAAAUUAAAAUUAUGUGAGUUGUAACAUUGUAUAUAUACUUUUAUGUGAAUAAUGACACUUUAUAUGUACCUUUUAUGAGUGACAACUAGUAUAUUAUGCCAGUAAACCUAUAGACUUCUAUGAAAGUGGGCAUUGGUAAAACAUUUCUAAUGCAGUUAAAAAACACAUUAGAGGUUAUGAUUUUGUUUUUGUUGUUGCAGCAGUCACAUUGUAUGAAACCGUAUUGGACUUGUGUAUUUUUUCCAAUAAAUACAUUCAUAUUUUGUUUUUGUAUCCU